AUGUCAGAAGAACGCCGUCCGCGAUCGCGCUUUGAUAGCGAUGACAAUGAUCGUCCUGUACGCUCGCGCUUUGACACGGAUCGUCGCUCGAGGUCGCCGUCACGUAAAGAGUCCGAGUCGCAUCGCGCCCGCAGUCCGAUUGCUCGCGAAGGCAGCGACAGCCCCGCCGCAGCCAACUCGAAGAACAAGACAGCUGCAGCGGCGGCGGUGGCGGCGGCGGCUGCGAGGAUCAACGCGCAGAUCCAGGCGAAGAAGGGCAUCCAGCAUGUCGAAGUGCCGCCUAUUCGCUCUGCGCCGACCCCUCCAGCAGCCGUCAAGUCCCCUUCGUCCAACUCGGCCGCGGCUAUCAGCAACGAGACAUACCAGCAAGACGGUGACUUUAUCAAGGACAUUGAAAUAAACGAUCUCCGUAAUCGCUACACACUGACCAAAGGAGCUACACAAAAGAGGAUCAAAGACGAGACUGGCGCUGAUGUUACUACUCGUGGCGAAUACUACCCUGACAAGAACAUGGCCACAGCUACUAACCCGCCCCUAUAUCUCCGCAUCACUAGCACCUCAAAAGAAGGCCUCGACAAGGCCGUAGAGAUGAUCGAAGAGAUGAUGAAGGAGGACCUCCCUAACCUUGUAGACGAACGUCGAUUCCGCCGUCGUGACCCAGAAAACUUUGAACGUGAUGAGUUUGGUCGGCAGCGCAAAUGGCCAGAGGAGAAGAUCUCGGUAAACCUUGAACCUAUCAACGGCUUUAACUUGCGAGCUCAGGUUGUCGGUCGCGGUGGCGAUAAUGUCAAGUACAUCCAACAGGAGACAGGCUGCAAGGUCCAAAUCAAAGGUCGCGGCUCUGGCUUCAUGGAACCUAACAGUGGCUCAGAGAGCGAUGAGCCCAUGUAUCUCCACAUUGCCGGACCUCGUCCUGAAGGCGUAGCCUAUGCAAAGAAACUGUGCGAAGAGCUUCUUGAGAAGGUAAAGACCGACUACCACGCUUACAAGGAACGCCCUCCGCCAAACCGUUACGGUGACCGAGACGGCUACUCAGGUGGACGCCCAGGAUAUGGAGAUCGUGGUGAUCGCGGUGACCGUGAUAGGAGCAACAGCUACGGAUACGGAGGUGGUGGAGGAGGAGGCGGCGGCUACGGCGGCGGCAGUGCGGGCGGCUAUGGUGGACAGGGCGGAUAUGGUGGUCACAACGGCUACGCUGCUCAAGAUACACUCAUGUCCCCGGCCGCUGCAACUCCAAUUGCCGACGCAAACGCCCAAGCCUAUGAUGCGAAUGCUACGCAGGCGGCGUGGGCUGCCUACUACGCGCAAAACCCCGAAGCUGACCCUUAUGCCGCGUAUGGUGGGUACCAGGCGUAUAUGCAACAGUAUGCCGCGUACUAUGCUCAGUCAGGUUAUGGUCAGACACAUUCACCUGCUCCUGCUCCCGGUGCUGGAGCGGCGGCACCUCCCCCUCCUCCGCCUUCAGACGGCUACGGUGCUCCUCCGCCACCGCCUCCGCCAGCAGCAUCGCCUCCCAACUACGGCGCGGUUCCUCCCCCUCCCGGCUUGCUCUCAACUUGA